AUGAGCGAGGAGUGUGCAAAUCCCCUUCUCUUGGGGUGGAUCAAGGAAUGGCUGGACCAAGCCCGAGACCGAAACAGUAAAGGCGUGACCGUGUACAAGAAGGCGUAUGAGUCCAUGAAAGCCUGUCCAUUGGAAUUUCAGCACCCAUCGCAAGCACAACAACUGAACGGACUAGGUCCUAAACUAUGUGACCGCUUGACUGAUAAACUCAAGGCUCACUGUCAAGAAAAUGGACUCCCAAUGCCGGAACCGCCUGACAAAGGUGGCAAAAGAACAUCUGAAGGUGGGACUGAUCAACCGGCGGCGAAGAAGCCUCGGAAAGUCAAACCAUAUGUACCAACCCUACGAUCCGGUCCAUAUGCAUUGAUAUUAGGGUUGAGCACUCAAAAUGAGAAUGCAUCGCAGGGGAUGACGAAGGCGCAGUUGAUUGAAGUGGCCCAGCCAUACUGCGACAGUUCGUUCACAGCACCCCCAGACCCCACGAAGUUUUACACCGCUUGGAAUUCAAUGAAAACUCUCAUCCAGAAAGAUCUGGUCUAUGAGCAUGGACGCCCACUCAGAAAAUAUCAUCUGUCUGAGGAAGGCUGGGAAGUAGCGAAACGUCUUCAAAAGACGUUGCCUGGGGCUUCUCAAAAUGCUACGUCUGGGCCCCAAGCCACUGCAGCAACUGAUUCACAACAAGAAGCAACACCAGCCGACUCUGCAUAUCUCCAAGAUAACGAUCCAUCUGCUGAACCGCAAGAUAAUUUAACCGAACAAGACAUAGCCAACAUCGAACCGAUCUUUUUCCCACCAAAAAGCUUUACGAUUCAGCUUGUGUUGGACACACGCGAAGUGCGCACCUCAACCGAUCGCGAUUACAUCUCCGGGGAACUGAUGAAACAAGGAAUUACACCACAAGUACGCGCUCUGGAAGUCGGCGAUGCGAUGUGGGUAGCUAAAUGCCAUGAUCCCAAUUUCCUCACAAGCCGCGGCGAAGAAGGGGACGAAGUGAUGCUAGAUUGGAUCGUCGAGCGAAAGCGUCUCGAUGAUCUCAUUGGAUCUAUCAAAGAUGGCCGUUUCCACGAACAGAAGUUCCGGCUCCGUCGUUCCGGUAUCAAGAACGUGAUCUACCUCAUCGAGGAGUUCGCAGUCACACACGCUGACUCGACUAGCGGAAAUGCCUCACAAUAUCAGGAGAUGGUUGCGUCCGCCAUUGCCUCGACACAAGUCCUUAAUGAAUACUUUGUUAAAAAGACGAAACAUCUGGACGAGUCAAUCCGGUAUCUGGCGCGCAUGACUCUGCUCCUGCGGAAGAUGUACGGGGUCGAGGAUUCACCCUCGCCUGGAGAUACUGAUAGCAACCCCAACCGUAGCACUGUCCCUGCAUCUCCAGUAUCCAAAAUUGGUCUCAUUCCGGGCCGCCGUCUUUCCGCUGAUACCUAUCUCACCAUCCUCGACAACCUCCGUUCUCAAGACCCGACCAUCACGUACGGUGUCUCAUUCGUAACUUUCGGCGCACUCACAUCGAAGUCUGAUGUUCUGACUCUUCGUGAUGUCUUUUUGAAAAUGCUCAUGUGUACCCGGGGGGUGACGGGCGAAAAAGCACUAGAGAUACAACAGAUAUGGCCCACGCCACGACAUUUGGUGGAGGCGUACAUGGCUCUGGAGCCAAAAGACCGGGAGGCGAUGGUAGCGACUCAAAUGUCAGAUGCUGUGGGGCGAAAAAAAGUUGCCAAAGAUCUGAGCAAGCGAAUUGCAGAGAUUUGGGGGGAGGCGAGUUGA